ACCGUUUCUGUCUCUCAGGCUGCAGGUAAAUUUGAGGUGGAGGAGAGCGGCUCAGUAGUGAUGCCCAAACCAGACCCUGCAGGUAACAUGACAGGCAUGGUUGGCACUGCCCUCUAUGUAAGUCCGGAGGUUCAAGGAAACACCAAAGCUACCUACAACCAAAAAGUUGACCUUUUCAGCCUGGGGAUCAUCUGUUUGAGAGUCCUACCACCCAUGACAACGGGGGCAGAGCGUAUUUCUGUCCUGAGCCAGCUUCGUGUGGUGCCCGACCAUAUUCCCGGAGGACUAUACGCGUAUGAGCAAGGAACACAGAGAAAAGUGAUCCAGUGGCUGUUGAACCACGACCCUGCACUGCGGCCCACUGCCCAGGAGCUGCUGAAGAGUGAACUGCUACCUCCCCCUCAGCUGGAGGAUUCGGAGCUGCACGAGGUGCUGCACCACACGAUGGCCAAUAUCAAUGGCAAAGCGUACCGCACCAUGGUGGGGCAGUUGUUUGCUCAGAACCCCUCUCCUGUGAUGGACUACACCUACGAUAUUGACCUACACAAGGGCAGCUUCAGCUUCAAUGGUGCCAAAUUGCAGCAGUAUGUGCAUGAAACAAUCACCAGGAUCUUCAAGAAGCACGGUGCGGUGCGUCUCCAGACACCGCUGCUCCUCCCCAGGAACAGAAAGCUGUAUGACAGCAGCGAGCCGGCGUGCUUCAUGGACCACAGCGGAAUGCUGGUUACUUUGCCCUAUGACCUUCGUAUGGCGUUUGCAAGAUUCAUCGCUCGCAACAAUAUAACCAAUCUGAAGAGGUAUAGCAUUGAACGUGUAUUCCGGCCCAGGAAGCUAGAUCGAGCACACCCGCGGGAGCUUCUGGAGUGUGCCUUUGACAUCAUCACACCCGUCACUAACAGCCUCCUACCUGACGCCGAGACCAUUUACACCAUCUCUGAAAUAGUCCAGGAAUUCCCCGCACUCCAGGAAAGGAACUAUAACAUUUACCUGAAUCACACCAGCUUGUUGAAGGCCAUCCUGCUCCACAGUGGAGUCCCAGAGGAUAAACUGAGCCAGGCCUCCAACAUACUGUGUGACGCCAUGAGUGAAAAACUGACCAAACGUGAGGUGGAGGCAAAGUUCUGCAACUUCUCACUGUCAACCAGCAGCUUGCAGACACUGUACAAGUACAUAGAACAGAAGGGGGACCUGCAGGGCUUGGCGCCACUGCUGACAUCACUCACCAAACAGAAGACCGCUGUCACCCAGCUGGCAAAGCAGGGCCUCAAGGACCUAGAGGAGCUCACCGUGCUGCUGCGGAGACUGGGAGUGAAACUGCAGGUGGUGGUCAACUUAGGCUUAGUUUACAAGGUACAGCAUCACUCCGGGGUCAUCUUCCAAUUUGUGGCUUUCAUCAGAAAACGAAAGCGAAUCGUACCUGAUAUAGUGGCCGCUGGAGGACGCUACGAUCACUUGAUCCUGGAGUUUCGAGGGCCAGCUUCCACGGUGCCUGUGCCCUCUGCGGUGGGAGCCAGCGUGGCCCUGGACAAAGUGUGUGCUGCUAUUGCCAACAUGGAGGAGCCACCAUCAGUGAGCUCCUGUGAUGCGCUGGUGGUGCCCGUGGGGCAUUCUUCGAUGUCCAGAGCCAUCAACGUGGUCCAGAAGUUGUGGAGCGCCGGCGUCCCUGCGGACAUCAACUACGAUGUCUCACAGUCUCAGGAGACACUGUUGGAACAGUGCAGGCUUGGCGGCAUCAGCUUCAUGGUUCUGGUCUCUGACAAGGAGGGAAACUACAUGAAGGUCAAAUCCUUUGAGAAGGACAGACAGUCUGAGAAAAGAAUUCCCGAGUCGGACUUGGUGGACCAAAUCAUUCAGAAAUGUCGGACCAAAUUCUUUGAGGACAGAAACAUCAGAGAAAUGUCUGAAGGCAUGUCUCUUCAGAACCCCAAAGGAUCACUGCUCAACACCACAGGUUCCUCAGAACAGCACGGGAGCAGCAGCACGAACAUGAACGUUAACGUCAUCAGCCCGGAAAAAGUUUCCGCCAGUGCUAGACGACGCUACGAGAUUCAGAUCCAAACCAGAUUACAGUAUCUUGGUAGCAAUUUGCAGAACAAGAGCAAUGACAUCGAGGUCCUGGCAGUGGACCUGCAGAAGGAAACUCUGGUCAACUUCCUGUCCCUCGAGUUUGACACUGAAGAGCAGUUUAACAGCAGCGUGAAGACCCUGCUGUCUCGUCUCCCCAAGCAGCGCUACCUGAAGUCCAUCUGCGACGAGAUCCACCAUUUUAAAAUGGCAAAAAGUUGUUUUCUCUGAGUGUGGAGGACAGGCAACAGAAGCCAGAUGAGUUAAAGAGCUCAUGAAGUCACCUGGCUGCUGGAGGACUAUAAACUAAACACACCCUACAUUAGGCAUGUGUAAGAGAAAAACUUUGUUCAUGACCUGUUUCUCUGAGCAAUUUAAACUAGCAGCUCUAUGAUGCUGUUAUAAUGCUUUAAGCUUAGCACUCACUUCAACAUGCUAAUAUGCUCACACUGACACAAUGCUAAUGCUAUGUUGAUGUUUAGCUAGUACUACGUUAAUGUAGUUGAAAUUUCUUUUAGUCUGACACUCUAACCAGGCCAAAGUUUCAACUAGAUUAACAUAGUACUAGCUAAACAUCAACAUAGCAUUAGCAUUGUGAGCAUGUUAGCAUGUUUGUUUAUUAUUAAUUUAUGUUAAUAAACAAACAUGCUAAUAUCCUCACAAUGACACAGUGCUAAUGCUAUGUUGAUGUUUUGCUAGUAGGCUACUAUGUUAAUCUAGUUUAAACUUUGACCU